UAUCACAUAUCAGUAACCUGGCAGUAUGGGCAGUUGCUCCUGAAGAUCUUUCUGACGCAAUAUAACAUCUUCAAACCGGCUGUCUGCACUCCUCCCCCAGAGGCCCCAGUUGUAGGCGGAACCUGCGGGACCAGCGGCAAAGCAGGAGGGAAAUUCAAACCAAGCCGGCUGGGGCCGGGAGGACAAGGCGAGGGUGAAGUUGCUGGACGAGCUCCCGGUCAGACCAGUGGAGAGCCGCUCAUGGAGCCGGUCCGGGAUCAGUCUACAACUGUGGGAUCUCCAUCUAAACUCAGCUUUUUCGGAAGUUUUUAUCUACCUCCCGAGAAAGUGUCAGCUCCUUGGCUGACUCGCUUUAAGCAGCCUCUAGCCCCCACAACAAGCUGUGACGGCGCCCAGAGACUCAAUGUUGAAACUCAUGGAGGAAAACCUGAAGCCAGCAGUGCAGCUGUGAUCGCAGCCCUGAAGACGCUGCAGGCGAAGAUUAAGCGCUUAGAGCUGGAGAGAGCUCAGGCAGAGAGCAGCAUGAGGCAGCUCUCCGAGAAGGCCCAGUGGUAUAGAGGGGAACCUGAGCAGCCAAAGACCUCAAAUCUCAACGUGCAAAAGGGAGCUACGCAAGAUACAGAGCUCGUUGCUCAGCUGCGCUCCGCAGAGUCCCGCUGUUGCCUUCUGGAGAAGCAGUUGGAUUACAUGAGGAAAAUGGUAGAAAAUGCAGAACGUGACAAGAAUGCCAUCCUAGAAAAACAGGUCUCACUUCAAAAAGAAAAGUUAAAAGACCAAGAGCAAGUUCAUGGUAAAUUAGAAAAGCUCGAGAUGCUGGAACAAGAGUGUCUUAGACUUACCAGCACUCAGUCUAUGGCAGAGAAGAAGAUUCAGCAGCUGGAGCAUAAGCUCCUUGAAGAAGAGCACCAGCGGAAGCUUAUCCAGGAAAAGGCAGCUCAGCUUCAAACAGGACUGGAGAUGAACCGGAUUCUGCAUUCUGCAGUUUCAUCAGAAAGCAAACCAAGGAAAGCCGUGAAGAAGAAGAAAGCAAAAAUAUCGACGACAAAGAACGAUGUUCCAAAGCCUGUGUUGUUUCCAAAGGCAAAGCAGCUUCCCUUUGUGGCUGGAACGUCCACCAGUCCAAGUCACUCGGUGAGAGCGAAUGUGCAGAAUGUCCUGCACAUAAUGAAGCACCAUAGCCAUCAGCUGUGCGAUGGAAACCAGGACCUCCACAUCCGCUCUCCGCAGAAAAACCUAAGGAAUUCCCGGUGUGAAAACGGGAGGGACCUGCGAGGGUCCGUCUCUUCCAGCUCUGCACCCUCCUCGGGAGGCAGCCUAUCAGAUCUGCUCCUAGCUUUGCAAGACGAGCUGGGACAAAUGAGCUUUGAGCACCAGGAGCUGGUGACACAGAUCCAAGAGACGGAGAGGCCGGAGGUGAGGGAAGACCUGGAGCGAGAGCUGGACUCCCUGGUGAAGCGCAUGGAGGUGAAAGGGGACCAGAUCUCCAAGCUGAAGAGACACCAGAAGGCUGUAGAGACAUUGAAGCAGAAGUCCAAGAUGGCAAAGAGGCAGGCGCCCAGGGCUCAGCCGAGGACAGGAGGAGCAAGCAGAGUGGAGUCCGCGCGACGCUCUAGCCCCUGUAAGAGCGCUCAAGGACUGAGGAGUCAGGAUAGCCUGCAGCUCCUGAAGAAAGUACAGAAGCUGCAGCUGCACCUGAAGAAGGACGACAUCACAUGGGAGCAGUAGGUGCCUGGACAGCGGAGGACUCCUGUGGGACGGGGGCAAGAGAACGGGGUCAUUACCCCCGUUUUCAUCUUUUCUCACCGGAGCGUGGGAUCUCUCUGACGAUACAGCACAUCAAAGGCACAGAGACAUCGCUUCAUCUUUUCCUAGGAGUGAAAAUGUAUUGGAAAAUGAUUAUAUUAAGAGCUCCUUUUGUGUUCCUGGCUCCUGCUUUUAACAUUUUUCUUUUUCAUAAUUAAUAUAUUUUUGGAUGGAUGUAAAUGUGCAGUACACCUUGUAAUCUGU